AUGCUUGUGAUUAUUCAAAUUAAUUAUCGUUCACAUGGAUGGCUAAAAAAAGUCGUUGAAAAUAUCGAAUGUCUUGAUGUAACUAAGGGUGAUUUUGAACAAUUUGAUCAACGUCUCAAAGCUGAAACCAAUGGUUUACGUGAAAAAACCAAAAUAGGUCUAAGAAAAAAUAUUACAGUUGUCUACAUGAAUUGGAUCGAAGAUCAAAUGAACUUGGUAGAAUCAAAACGUAGAGAAGGGGAACGAUUAUUCAUCAGUCAUUUUGAAGAUCUACCAAAUGAAGUGUUCUAUGAAAUUCUUGACUAUCUCGACGGUUGCCAUGCAUAUGAGGCUUUUUCGAAUCUCAAUACUCGUUUCGAAUAUCUUCUCAAUUCAUCAUCACUUCCACUCAAACUCCAUUUCUCAUUUUCAUCGAAAUCAGAUUUUCAACAUCGUUUUCUGUCCAUUGUCAAGCCUAACGUUCAUCGAAUAAUCGCACUUUCUCUAUCAAAUCCAUGCAAUGCUGAUCGUUGGGAACGAUUGAUUUUACAUUAUAUGCCAUACUUGAAAAUAUUCCGCUUUCAACAUUGGGAUUUUGUGCGUUAUGAUGAUGAUAAUAAACUUAAGACAUAUCAUGCACGAAUUGAACGAUUCAUGGGACUAUUCUGGCUCGAACGACAAUGGAUCUUUGGUCAUCGACAUAUUAAGAUUGAAGGACAAGAAGAUUGUUCAAUGUUCUAUUCAAUUGAGCCUUACAGGUAUAUGAUGAAAAAGAUUUUUCUGAUUAUGAUAUUUAUAUAUUCUUUUAGGAAGAAAAAUUAUAAGUUAUAUGAAUUCGAACCUAGUUCGAUAUGCACAUGUUCAGAUUCGGAACUCAUUUCUGUUCGUCAUCUUGAGAUUGAAAGUGAACAGGCGAUUGUUAAUUGUUCAAAUCGAUUUCCAAACAUUACUAAAAUCACACUCAAAUGUCCAAAUGGCCACAAGCCAUUACCUUCGUUUAUAUUCAUUGAAAAUUUCAAUCGGAUUAUUUUAUCCAAAAAAAUAACAGAAUUAAACAUUCAAUGUAGACAUCUUAGUAUUUUCUCAAUUCUUAGACUCUUACGCAAGUUAUCGAAUAUUCACUCAUUAGAAAUUGACGCGGCAACACUUGUUCGGUCAGCAAGAAAAGUGAAAAAGACUCGUACAACGUUUCACAAUAUCAUCCAAGUGAUCGUCAUGUACGGUCGUCGUCCAUGCACACGUGAAGACAUGCAACUGUUCAUUGGACUCUUUCCUUGCAUAGAAAUUCUCGAAGUGGCCACAACCGAAGACAAUAUGGAAUUGAUAAUACGAUCGUUGUCUGCAACAGUCUUCAGCGACGCUCGUCGUCAUCAUCACUUCUCGCUCUACUUGUGGUAUGGAACGGCAGAAAUAGUUGAAAAAUUGCAAGUAAUGAUCGAUCAUGAGAAACUAUUCGUGAACUAUUCUAUUGAACUUUUUCAAGAUAAAGUGCAUGUUUGGUGGUAGUAUCUUGGCUUUUGGUGAUAUUCAGUCAUUGGUAGGGAUGUGAGGGUGUGGGUGUGGAUUUGAGACUCCUUUCCAUCCACACCUACACUCUAAAUAAAUUGAAAAAUAAUUUUUAUGUAUUGGUUUAGAUCAUAUCAUUAUUGUUAAUUCUUAAAGUAAUCUCAUACAAGUAAACAAACAUUAUUUGAACUUUAUUUUGAUUAUGAAGUUCGAUCAUUAGAUAUAUAAAAAUUCGAAAAUAUUUAUCUUUAUUGAUUUUUUUGCCUUGUUAAGUAUUUUUACUAGAUAGUAUACUUGUAUUUUAUGAACAUGAUAUGUAAAGUAGAAGCUUAAAAGAUAACGAAGUUAUAUAAGAAGUUUAUGACCAAAAUCUAUCGUUGCGAGUUAUUGGUUAUGAUCAAUAAGUAUAGAAGAAAAAAAUCUUACAUAAUAUACUCUUUCUUUUUUUUUCUAACGAUUGAUUAUUUUACAAAUUCGUUCUUCUACUCUAUUCCAAUCAUCUAGUACACUGAUAUUUUAAUGGGUCAUCAAAGUACAUAAUAUUUUAUUUAAAUUAUAAAUAUAUAUAACCGGCUGGUAUUAUCAAAAUAAUUAUAUUUCAUUUUUUUUCUAAGUCAACAUUUUUAUAUGAAAGUGAGAAUACAUCCUAGUCCACGAUAUUGCACAUUGCGGAAUCAAUUCCGUCCCAUUCCAGAAUUGCAUCCGAUUCUGGAGCUCCGUCUUAUCCACACCCUCAGCUUGUCCUGUGCAUUUAAAAAUAAAUAUCUGAAAUAAAUGAGCGAUUUCCUAACGGGUGUGCGUGUGAGUGUGGACGCGAAUGUAGGCGCAGGUGUGGAUGUGGGCCUCCUCUUUAUCUAUACCCAUCCACAUUUACACCCAGACUCGAGAGAGUUGGUGAAUUUUUGUUUUUGUUUUCCUUGUAUGAUAAACUUUCAAGUGGCCCUUUAGUCCCUGAGAGUUCCUUUGUUUUGUUUGUUCAUUUUAAAGUCCUCUCCGUUCCUUUGUAGAUCUGGUAGAGGCGGCUUUUUAAAGUCCACCUAAACUAGUUGACAAUAAAAUCUACAAAAUAAACAAAAUAUUUUUUAUUUUUUAGUCUUUUUUCAUCUUGAGAGGCACAAGUUAAAAAGAAAAAAAAAUAACCAACUACUCCUUCCUUUCAUUAUUGAAACAGAUGUAAAAUAAAGUUUCAUUAUUCGAAUUAUUCGAUAAGAUCCUCUAAGAAGGAUCGAAAUCUGGGCCUGGUAAUUUUAACGCAUUUCUUCUUCUAUUUGUUGAGCAUAAAUGUAUAGCAGAGUGAAUCAUGACUGAGAUGCAAAAUUCAUCGAUUGUUAGCAUACAGAAAAUAAUAAUGCAACUGAUGAUUGCAUCUAUUUCUAAAGAAUGUAUCGUCUGAUCAUGAUUAUUCGUUGUAGCUGGUCGCAAUGGCCGUAUUAUUGAACAGUUUAUAGGAGAUUGAGAGAAGUUGAUUGUCAAUAUGAUAUCUGUCUGCAUAUUUCAUCACCUGGGCAGCCGACUGGAUAUCAGCGUAAUGGAGAAAGGCAAAUCUGGUAUUAACGAAAGAAACAGAUAGCGGUAAUUAAUACUUCUAUGUAUUUCAUACCCUAGUUUGACUUGAUCGCGCGUAAUAAUGCCCUGUCGAUAUUCAAUAGAAGUAGCUUGAGGAAAGAGUUGUUGAAGUCGAUCGCGAGUAACCGAACCAGGAAUUUGGCCAACAUAAAGAUCACGAGUAUUGUAUGAAGCUACAAUAGUGAAAGAAACGGUGAGACAUUUGCUCAAC